AUGGCCGACAAUGAACUCAGCCCCGUGCCAGGGGACAAACCCUGCUGCCCGAUCUCUAAGAAAACCCGGAUCUGUCUCGGCGUCAGUCUCCUGGUCGUGAUCCUCGCCGUGGUGGUCGCGGUCGGAGUCCUAAAGUGGGGCCAGCCGCACGAGCACUUGCGGUGGAACGGGACGGGCACCACCGACCACCUUUCCGAGAUCGUCCUGGGGCGAUGCUUCCUCUACACUCGAAUCGUCCAGCCCGAGCUGAGAGAUAAAGACUGCCAAAAGAUAUGGGAUGCAUUCAGAAAUGCAUUUAUUUCCAAGAAUCCUUGCAACAUUAGAGAAGAAGACUAUCAACCACUGAUGAAGAUGGCAAAUCAGACUAUACCUUGUAACAAGACCCUCUUAUGGAGCAAAACUAACGAGCUGGCCCAUCAGUACACACGGGUCCAGCAGGAUAUGUUCACCUUGGAGGACACGCUGCUGGGCUACAUUGCUGAUAACCUCAUGUGGUGCGGUGAUGCGAGCUCUUCUGAAAUGAACUAUCAGUCUUGCCCACACUGGAAGAAAGACUGCAGCAACAACCCUAAUUCAGUAUUCUGGAAAAUGGUUUCCCAGAGGUUUGCAGAAGCUGCCUGUGGUGUGGUCCAAGUGAUGCUCAAUGGGUCCAUCAGUAAAACCUUUAACAAAGACAGCAUUUUUGGAAGUUUGGAAAUCUUUAAGCUGCAACCAGAGAAGGUUCAUACACUACAAGCCUGGGUGAUGCAUACUAUCGAAGGAGUUGCCAGUGACUCAUGCUCCAGUUCCUCCAUAAAUGAGCUGAAAUUAAUUCUAAGCCAAAAGAAUAUUACGUUUAUCUGCCAGAAUGACUACAGGCCUGCCAGAUUUGUUCAGUGUGUGAAAAAUCCUGAGCACUUACGUUGCAGAUCUAUUAUCUGA